AUGAAUUAAUAAAAAGGUAUUUAAUAUUAUUGAAGUUUAGAUAGGUAAUAAAAACCAGAGUUUUCACCAAUCUCUGAUUAGAAUGAUUGCUAAGACACAACAUAAAAGCGAGACUUUCCAGAAUUGAAUUAAUUGUACAGAGAAAAAGAGGAUUUGAUCAAAUGGUUGUUUGACUAAUUAUUAAUUGCUUAAAAGUUAUGCACUCAAAUAGUAUCAAUAAAAGUAUAAUAAUUGAUUUACAAUUUUAGAACAACGAAUAAAUCUAAGACUUUUAGGAAUUAAAGCGCAUUCUUGAUGAAUCAUUAGAAAAAGCAAAAAAUUAAGGGUAUUCCUAAGAAACAAGUGUUAACCCUUUUGAAUCACCACCUAAAUAUUUUUGCGAUUAGGAAAUAAAUGAUUCAGAGAUUAAAACAAAAAGCUAAAAUAAAUUGAUUAAUAAUCCCACCAAUACCAAAUAAAAAUAAAAUAUGAACAAUUAUUAAAUGAAGUGUAAACAUUUAAAUUAUUUAGUUGGCCCUAGUAAUAGUUAAUAGAAAAUCGACUAAAAUGUUAGUGAAGACAUAGAGACAUUUUAAUAAUUAGAAGAAAACUAAUAAAAAUAAUAUAAUAAAGGUAAUGAAGAUGAAGAGGAAAUAUCAUCAUGUUUUUUUAUAAAUUCUAUGUAUGAAACAAGAGCAAAAAAUUCAUUUAAGCUAUUGAAAUCUUAUUAAGUUAAAUUAUCAUAAGAAUAUUAAAAUUUAUUGAAAGAAUUCUAAAUCUACAAAUAAGAUUAAAAAUAAUUCAUUGAAAAUGAUAUUAAAAUGUUAAUGUAACAAUUCAAAAAUUAAAUAAUUAAUAAUUAAAGAAAUAAGUCUGAUACUAAUAAAUAAAAUACAUAAAAUUAAGAUAUAGUUCUUCUUUAAAAUAGACAAAUAGAAUAACAAACUAAUCAUAAAUUUUAUUUAAUGUUUUAUUAAUAUAAAAAUACUUUACAUUAAUUAAAAAUAGAGUUUGAAAACAUUAAAUAAGAUCUAAAAAAUUAUUAUCAAAGGUUAAAGGUAGUUGUAGAAAAUGAAUAAGAAAAAUUUAAAGAAAAAUUAUAUAAUAUUAUUUCUAAUUAAAACCAAUCUAAUAUAUCAAAAAUAAAGGAUUUGUCAGAUAAUUUAUCUAUAAAAUAAAAGGAAAAUGAAGAAUUAAAGAAAUCUUUAAUUAAUAUAAAAAAAGAAUUGGAUGAGGAGAGAAAAAAUAAUUAAGAAUUAUAAUAUAAAUUAUAAGAACAUGAAAAUGAAGAAUCAUUAAAAUAAUAUAAUGAUUAAAAUGUAUAUUCUUUAUUAAGAAAAUUUGAAUAAAAUUAAAGAUAGGUAUGUCAGAAUGGUAGUGAAGCAUUUGAAAAAUUAUAAAUGAUGGAAGAAUUAAAUUAGUAGAUGACUCAAAUUAAAAAAGCAGUUAUGAAAGAUUAUGAAACUUAAAUUAAUAAUUAAGGAUAAGAAAUUAAGAAAUAAGAAAUCAUGAUUAAAAAUUUAUAAUUAGAAAAAAAAUAAUUAGAAGAAAAUAUAAGAUAAAAUAAUUUUUAAGGUAUUCUAAAUGAUACUUUACAAAAAGUAUAAGAUUAAGAAAAAAAGAAUUAUGAAUUAUCUAUUGAAAUCAGUAAAAAAGCUAAUUAAAUUACUUAUUUAAAAGAACAAAUUCAAACAGUAAAUGAUUUUGUUUAAGGUAAAUAAAAUGAAAUAAAAAAAUAAUUAAUGGAUGAGUAUUAAAAUAUAAUAAAUUUGUAAUUGGAAGGAUGUUACAAUUUAUAAUAAUAAUCUAUUCUUUUUAGUUUCUUAGGACUUAAAAUAUUUAGAUAAUAUAUUAUUUCUGAAAACUCUAAUAGAACAUAGAUUGAUUAAACAAUGGAAAAAUUAAAUAAGUUUAAUUUGAUAUUUCAAAAAAAAGAAAAUUAUAAACUAAAAGAAUCAAAUGAAAUAGAAAGGUUUUAUAAAGAUUAUAAUAAUUAAUUAAAGGAUAUUUAUGAUGAGACUUUAUAACAAUUCAAAAGAUUAUUGAAGGAAAUAUAAGAGAGAAGAAUUAAAGCAUAAUGA